UGCAGCAACAGCAGCAACAACACCUGCAGCAACAGCAGCAACAACACCUGCAACAACUGCAACAACAGCUGCUCCAACUGCAACAACGACAAAAGCAUCAACUACUGUGACAACAUCAACAACAACAUCUGCUCCUGCAUCAACAACAGCAACAACAACACCUACUCCGACAACGACGACAGCAAGAACAACAACACCUACUCCGACAACGACGACAGCAAGAACAACAACAACACCUGCUCCGACAACAACAACAGCAACAACAACAACAACACCUGCUCCAACAACGACUUUGGCCGCUCCACCUGUUUAUAACAUCUCAGCAGAUUUGCAAGGAGAACCUUUUUCAGCUAACCUCACUAACCCCAACAGCAGUCAAUAUAAAGAUCUUGAACAACGAGUUGUUAUCACGUGCAAUAUUAUAUACAAAGCAAGAUAUCGUAAUCUGUUUGACCGCUGCAUUGUGACGGGCUUCAGGAUUGCCCAACCUCGAGCCGACGGAACUCAAGUGGAACUGCAAGUUGUGUUCAAUUCAACAACUCCCAUGGCAGACCUCCCACAGAACAGUGCCGUUGCUCAAACCUUAGUAGAAGCUGUGAAUAAUACCAACAAUAGCUUCAAUGUGAGCAUAAAUCCCAACACAGUCCUCGCAGUAGCGGGUCCAGUUCCGUCUACAACUACUGUGCCUACAGCUGCUGCACCUACAACUACUGCAUCUACAACUGUAGCACUCAUUACAUCAAGGGUGACUUUCAGAUCUGUUCAAAGCACCUUUACAAGUGACUUGAACAAUCCAUCAUCUGCAGCUUUUAUAGUUCGAGCUUCUAUGAUAAAGACAAAGCUUGAACCUGUGUUCCAAAGGGCUUUCCCUUCCUCCUUCAACUCCUUGGACGUGGUGUCAUUCAGAAAUGGCUCAAUCAUCAACGAAAUGAAUGUUCGCUUUGCAAGCACAUUUGUUCCUAAUAACACUCAGAUUGCAAGUGUUUUGAUCAGUGCUGCUUCAACCGUCACCGGCUUUGACAUUGAAGGCAGCUCAAUCAACGUGAAUGGCACACCAUCAAGUGGAGUAAGCCACAAGAUCAGUUUCAUUACCGCAUCCUGCCUGGUACUGUUGUCAUGGAUUCUGUCAAGUCAGCGAUAGCAUCAGUAUUAAUUUCUAUUUGAAUUGCCAUCAGAACAUGACUGCCAUUACUGGUAUGAAAAAGGACUUUGUCGACAGUAAAAAUCCAACGUUUAUGAUUGUCUUCGGUCUUGUAGAUCAUUAGAGUAUAAGCUAAACAAAACUUUCUUUCUCUAAAUCACUGCAAUGUCACUAAAUAAUGUCACUAUUUUACUAUUUCUGUAAAUUGUAAUGUCAGUUUGUCUUGCUUUUCUGAGCACUGUGUUAUUAACUUUGUGUCAGCUACUAAAAGAGGGACUUUGUUGCUUGUAAAAGUCUAAGAACAUGCAAAUUGAGAAAUCUGAAUGUUAGAUUUCAAACUGGACUGUUUAUCAAGGUUUUAAAUUUUAUAAGCAAACAUUAUUAAAAAUUUUGUUUUACUUUAAUGUAAAAUGUCUGUAGUUUCCAAUAGCAUGUAUAAUUCAGUUUAGGUUUCACUUGCUAACAUAGCAGCAUAACACAGUGCAGCAACAGGGUCAUGGUAUGUCAAACCAAUGCACUCAAUUUUAUUAUUUAUAUAAUCAUGCAUGUUCUGUGAGACUUCUUGUAGUUUCUACAAUUUGUAAAAUUUCUUUCAGAAACGUUGCAAUGAUCAGAAUACAAAAUCUUUCAAGAGUUUAAA